AUUCGAGAAAAUGGCUCUUGAAGUCGUUUGUUAGUUUUCGCACAACUUUGCCGGCUUUUGAUUUGUUUGGCGCAAUGUGACCGUUUGGCUGGCUGGUGCAAGCAGGGCUGGCAAAUCAAAUUCGACAUGAAAUUUGUUAUUUCAAGUUGCAAUUUGAAAGUGCUUUUCCGCCACAAUGACGCAUCCGCUGGAGGCGCCACAGCGCAGCCGCAAGUACCCCUUCGUGCACAUGCGCAUCUCGGACCACAGCGUGCUGGACACCAUCGAGGGACGCCACAACUGCCACCUGUGCAACCGAUCUCGCAAAUUCUUCUGCUACAGCUGUUACGUGCCGGUGGGCGAACUGGCGGAGCUGCUGCCCCGCCUGGAGCUGCCGCUGCAGGUGGACAUUAUCAAGCACAAGAAGGAAAUCGACGGCAAGAGCUCGGCGGUGCACGCGGCCGUUUUGGCGCCGCAGCACGUGCGCAUCCACACAUUUCCGGACAUCCCGGACUACCGCGAGGAAUCGGGCGUGGUGCUCAUCUUUCCCAGCGCCACAGCGCUUGCAGUGCCUCAGCUCUUUGAGCGAAACGUCCGGCUGCAGACCGGCGACAACUACGGCCUGCCCAAGGGCCAUCACAUGGGCACCAUGCUGCGCCGACGAAUGGACGAGGUGGAGCUGGAGGAGCCGCAGGCGCGGCGAACCUGGACGCUGGACAACCUGCCCAUUCGCCGCGCCGUGUUCAUAGACAGCACCUGGAACCAGAGCCGUGGGAUCUACGCGGACGAAAGAGUGCGCGGCCUGCGCACCGUGGUGCUGCAAAAUCGACUGUCUCAGUUCUGGCGCCAUCAGCGCGGCAGUCCGCGCUGGUAUCUGGCCACCAUAGAGGCCAUCCACCAGUUCCUGCUGGAGGUGCACAUCAAUGCCUGGGGCCUGAACACACAGUACCGCGGCCUGGACAACCUGGAGAUCACCGAGAGCUUUCACCAGCUGGCGGCGCCGCUCCGCACGCAAAGUGGCAUCGAGGAUGUGGGCAGGGAGGCGCCGUACAAUGGGCAGUAUGACAACCUGCUGUUCUUCUUCGCCCACAUGUACGAUCUCAUCCACAAGUACUACGACCACAACGAUCUCAUCGCCUACCGACGACCCAUCUAGUUCUCUAGUCGUUCUAGUUCUAGUAUGUAGUUUGUAUUGGAUAGUGAGAAGUACACGUUAAUGCUGGCCUAGACCUA